AUGUCUGGCUCUGCUGCAUUCUUUGAGGCUGUCCGGAACCGUCGUUCCGUGUACACGAUUACCUCCGAGACGACUAUCCCUGAUGAGAAGAUCCAGGAGAUCAUCACCGAGGCGGUCAAGCACGCCCCGAGCUCCUUCAACAGCCAGAGUAGCCGCGCGGUCCUUCUCCUUGGCGCUGAGCACAAGAAGCUCUGGGAGAUCACUCUGAACGUACUCAAGGGCAUUGUCCCCGCCGAGCAGCUCCCUGCUACCGAGGGCAGGAUCCAGGGCUUUGCUAACGGCCACGGUACCGUCCUCUUCUUCGAGGACGAGACAGCGGUUACGGAGCUUCAGACCAAGUUCCCUCUGUACCAGGACCGCUUCCCCCAGUGGUCGCAGCACGCCUCUGGCAUCCUCCAGUACAUCGUCUGGACUGCGCUUGAGGCUGAGGGUCUCGGCGCGUCGCUCCAGCACUACAACCCCCUUAUCACCCCCCAGGUCCUGUCGACUUGGGACCUUCCCUCGUCGUGGACGCUCGUUGCGCAGCUCGUCUUCGGUAAGCCGUCCGCGCCCGCCGGCGAGAAGACGUUCCAGCCCAUCGAGGGCGUCCGCUUCAAGACCUUUGGCAAGCAGUGA